AUGGGGGAGCAGAGGACCACGUUCCCGGUGCUUCGUUUGGACCUGGACAACUUCGACCUGGCGGAGGCGGAGAGGAGCCGCUAUGUCUUGACCAGCCCCCGCUCUCUUCAGUCCUGUUCGCGUCUCGGCAUCAAACCCGUGGAACUUCUGAUCAAAUCACUGAACGAGCUGAUCGCUGAACAGAGGGAUGUUCCCCUGGAGGCGGUGCGAGUUAUGCACGAAUCCUACGAAAGGGAGAGAACGAAUCUUUUGCAAAUGUGCCGAGAGGAGCGGGAGAGGAUUAUCCAGGGGAGAGCAGGGGACAGGUGGCCGGGCCUGGAGGAGGUGCCCGUCGCCAAAGUGAAGGAUCAGUCAACACAGAGACACUCCAUUCCGUAUGCAGACCUGUGCCUUAAAGGGAAACCAGCCAGCAGGUCCUCCGGUUCUGCUGCUGGUCCCAGAGAGCUGGACAGGAGCACAGUCUGCAGCUACAGGCUGGGAGACCUCAGGCACUCCCCAGCUACCGAGAGGAAACUGGAGAGGCUCACAGAGGACAUCAGGAGGGAGAUGUGUGUCACAGUGUCAGAGAGAGACCGCAAGAUAGCUGCUCUCAUGCUGGUGAAGCACGAGGAGGAGCAGGCUCGCCUGGAGCACUGUCAGCAGGAGAAGCAGGAUCGAGAGGAGGCCCAAAGGCAGAUGGAGGCUCAGCGGGCUCAGGUGGAGAAGACGAGGAGGAGGCAACUGAGGCAGAGUGUGCAACACUGGCAUGAGGAUCUGGAGGCCCGAAGGAGGGUAAGGGAGCGUCAAGAGAAGGAGAAAGUAGUACAACUGAAGCUGGAGGCACUUCUGCAGGAGGACCGCUGGAGGAGGCUGAAGGAGGAGGUGGAAACCCAACGUAGAGAAAAGAUGGAGGCUGCACAGAAAGAGGCGAAGGGACGCAAACACUACCAGGAGAAGCUGCUGAGGGAGAAGCGAGAGAAGGAUAAGAGGGAGCAGGAGAAGGAGAGACAGGUGGCAGUCGAGAAGGAGCAGAAGGCCAGAAGGAGCAGAGAGCUGCAGGAGAAGAAAGAAAGGAAGAGGCUGCAGGAGGAAAACCACAAAGAGCUCCUACGACACAUCCUUCUGAAACAGGAGAUAGAACAGCGUGUGGGGGAACAGGAAGCCCAGAUGAGGAGCACCCUGGAGAAGAAGCUGCAUCACUCCUGUGAGAAACGUACCCAGGCCGUGGAGGCCCGGCUGAAGGAGCUGCAGGGGCGAGCAGCCCGGGAGGAGGAGCAGGUUCAGAGGGCGCAGCUGAGGUCCAAGCUGCAGAGCGCCCAGCAUCUCACGCACAAGCAGAUCCUGGUCCAGCUGAACCAGCGCCGCAUGGAGCGGGCCGCCCGGUACACCUCAGCCCAGCACAGGGACAGAGCACAGCAGACGCAGCAGCGCAACAAACACAAGCAGCUCAGCCACCAGAGGCUGUGGAAGAGGCUGCAGAGAGAGGAGGAGGCGAUGAGGAGGCUCAAAGAGAGCUACAUCUGCAUGAAGGAGUGGAGGAGAGAGAGGCUGCGGAGACAACGAGAGCAAAUACAGGAGGAGGCCAAGACACUGGCUCGGGCCUCCUUUCACCUGAUGGACAGGGCGAGGCAGCUGACACACAGACGGACCUUUGACCAGAUGGCUCUGCAGGCUGAGCUGACGGCCUCCAUGGGCCACAUGAAACUAUGA